AUGCCUUUGGAGAUGCAAAACCUUAGUUCUCUGAAAUCAUUGACCAUUCGUUGGUGUGAAGAGUUGUCCUCUCUGCCACAAAGUUUAAAGAACGUCAAAUCUCUAGAGUCACUGGAGAUUAGUAAUUGUAACCAUCUAAUAUCCCUGCCAGAUGGUGGAAUUGCAGGUUUGGCUUCACUUCGAACUUUGUCCAUUGAAAACUGCAGUGAGCUUACUUCUCUGUCGUCGAGUUUGGAACAGCUCACAUUGCUUGAGGACUUGACCAUCAUGGACUGUCCAAAACUUGGUACUUUUCCAGCAGGUGUGCAACACCUCUCCUCCCUUCGAAGUUUGAUGGUUUUGAACUGUCCUUGGUUUGAUUCUUUGCCAGAAGGGAUGCAAAAUUUCAAGACUCUGCAAUGCUUGGAAAUUAGAAGCUGCCCCAAUCUAACCUAUUUGCCAGAAUGGUUUAAGGAUCUUGAUUGUCUUAGAUCUUUGAUCAUAUAUGAUUGUCCUAAUAUAAAACUAUUGCCAUCGGGUUUCAAUCUUCUCACUAAACUCCAGACCCUCUCUAUUCAAGAAUGUCCAGAGCUUGAGGAAAGAUGCAGACAAGGUAGCGGUGAGGAUUGGUCGAAAAUAGCCCAUGUCCCGCAUAAGUACAUUGGACUGCUUGAGGUAAAGCGGUCUGGCGAAGCGAGCACAUCUGGAAGCUCUUCUGUCCAAGGAUCUUCUCAGUAA